AUGGGAACCCGCCUUCGGCUGCUGGGCCUCGGCGGCGCGGGAACGGCCGCCUACGCCUCCUCUGACAGCUCGUCUGGCUCCUCGUUUCUGAGCGACCUCGGCGCGCCGAUUCCGCUGCUCAAGUCGCUCUUCUCCUCGGGCGAUGCAACCGCGCGCUCUGCUGAGGCGGCGCAGCUGUCGGCUUCGGUGGCAGCCACCUCCGCAGCCGUCGCGUCGCUCGACCGUCAGCUUGCCGCUCAAGGCGCCGCUGGCUCGCGCACCGUCAUGCUUCUCGUCGGUGUUCCGCUCACCGGCAUCGCCGCCGCGCUGAUCGGCUGGGUCUCCGCGGAGCAGAUGAAGACCGGGCUCAACCAGCUCAAGGCGUCGAUCGAGGCGAAUCUCGACAAGCUCAAGGUGGAGCUGGUCGAGAAGAUCGAGGUGCUCAAGGACAAGAUGACGGAGGUGGCCAAGGAGGUUGGCAUCCUCGCCGAGGAGGUCUCCGAGGUCAAGGGAGACGUCAAGAAGGUGGCCGAGGGCGUCGAGGGCACCAAGAAGCGCAUGUCGGCCGUCGAGUACUCGUCCAAGAAGGCGCUCGCUCCACACCACAGCUCCACCUGCCCCCCCCCCCCCCGCCCCCCAAGAGAUGCGCCGCCCGCCCCAAGAGACAGCCCGCCCGCUCCGCCCCUCCGCCAGGCUGCCGACGGAGUCGAGCUGCUCGUGCGCGCCGUCGCCGACUCGCCGCUGCUCGCGAACGCGUCCCCAGAGACGACCGCGCGGCUGAACGCCUUCCUGCAGCGCCUCUCGUCCGGCCCAGUCACCGUCCUCCGCCGCCUGUCUGGCGACCAGGCGCAGGACCUCCCUCCCCCGGAGGCCAAGGGCAGCUCCGAGGGCUGGAGGCCCUCGGACGCGAGGCUGCCGCCGGCGGUGCCAGCCUCGUGA